ACAAAAUGGCAGCCCCCGUGGACUAACAUUUUUGUGUCAAUUUCGCUCCAUAAAUUGGUCCUGACUGUUUCUUAACAAACCAAUAUAAUUGCUUAAAAAUGGCUGUGCUACUAGAAACAACGCUGGGUGAUAUUGUGAUCGAUUUAUACCCAGAAGAGAGACCUAGAUGUUGUCUCAACUUUGUAAAGCUAUGCAAGAUCAAGUACUACAAUUAUUGCCUCUUCCAUUCUGUACAGGGAAAUUUCACUGCACAAACAGGAGACCCUACAGGUACUGGCAAAGGAGGUGAUUCAAUGUUUAGCAAAUUGUAUGGUGACCAAGCUCGAUUUUUUGAGAUGGAGACCAACCCUCGCAUCAAACAUAAAAAGCUAGGAGCUGUUGCCAUGGUGAACAAUGGUGACAACAUGCACGGCUCUCAGUUUCUUUUGACGUUGGCAGAGAAUCUAGAUUACCUCGAUGGCAAACACACAGUGUUUGGAGAAGUUAGCGAAGGGUUUGACGUACUCACAAAAAUCAAUGAGGCUAUCUGUGAUAAUCAGCAUCAACCAUAUCAAGAUAUCAGAAUAAACCAUACAGUGAUUCUGGAUGACCCCUUUGAUGAUCCCCAAGGACUUGAGAUCCCUGAUAGGUCACCUGAGCCAACCAAAGAACAGCUGGAGAGCGGUCGAAUAGGAGCUGACGAGAAGAUAGAUGACACAGAAGGUAAAACAGCUGAAGAAGUGGAAGAAUCAACAAAGGAGCAAGAGGCUAAAGCAAGUGCACAAAUUCUAGAAAUGGUGGGUGAUCUGCCUGAUGCAGAUGUGAAACCUCCAGAGAAUGUCCUCUUCGUCUGCAAGUUGAACCCAGUGACCACCUCAGAAGACCUGGAGAUAAUUUUCUCCAGGUUCGGAAAGAUUGAUAGUUGUGAAGUGAUCAGAGACCAGAAAACAGAAGAAUCGCUUCAGUAUGCCUUUGUUGAAUAUGAGAGGGAGGAGGACUGUGAGAACGCUUACUUCAAGAUGGACAAUGUACUCAUUGAUGACAGAAGGAUUCAUGUUGACUUCAGCCAGUCGGUGGCAAAGGUCAACUUUAAGGGCAAAGGACCGAUGCAGAUGCCUUCGUCUAGUUCUGAUGGCAGACUUAAGUUUGAGCUCAAAGACAAGUCCAGGCAAUAUGGGAAACAGUACGAUCUUGUUCUGGAGGGAGAUGAAGAGACAGUACCAUCUGAUCAUGCAGCAACAAGUCGCAAGAGAAGCCGAGACCAGACUCAAGAUUCAAGGAAGUCAAAGACCAAAGGGUCAAAGCAUUCGAAGAAGAGCCAUGGAUCAUCCUCUAGUGACAGCAGCAGUAGCAGCUCAGAGAGUGAUGGCGGCAGAAGAAAAAAUACCACAAAGGAAAGACGGCGGAAACAUGCCAGCUCAAGUGAUGAUGACAGAAGUAGAGAUAGACGAAGAGGGGCAGACAGAAGGGGAGAAGGUGACAGAAGGGGUGAUAGAGGCGGUGAUAGAGACAGGCGGGGAACGGCUAGGGACAGGGAGGAGAGAGACAGGGAUGAGGGUAGAGGGAGGCACGGGGAGAGAAGUCAGAAGGACAAUGACAAAUACAGUCAUAGAGACAGUGGUAAAUAUGGUCGCACAGACAGAGACAGAUAUAGUAAUAGAGAUGGUGAUAAAUACAGGGGUGAUAGGGAAAGAGAUAGAGAUAGGGGAAGGGACAGAGGGGGUGACAGACACAGAGACGGAGAGAGGAGGUAAUAUUAGGUUCGCAACUUGUUGGAAUAUCGAACACAAAAAUUAUUUGGACUAUUCAACAAACUUUCACUUGUCCAGGAACUCUCUCAAAGGUAUCACAAAG